AAGAAAUCAUUGUAAACGAACAGCCGGAACGUCGUAGAAGCUAAUGGCAGAUUAUGAAAUUGUCAGAUCGAAAAGAUACCAUACAUGUAGAAGUAUUUUGAAAUGCUACAUACACAUAUAAAAGAAAAAUGAUUAUGGAAGUCAAAGAAUUAACUGUGUCACGUUGGAUUGCAUUUCAAGGUCACGCGCUAAACAAUUUUAGUAUGAAGAAUCAUAACCAAAGAAAUACGUAGUUAAUUCAAUUUCGAAUUUAUUUUACGUACAAAUACGUAGCUGGUUGUGGGAAUGGUUUAGCUGGUCUGGUUCAUCUUCAACUAUGUUGCGUGCUGCAGAAAAAAGAAUACUUUCUUGUUUGAAAACUGCAUAUCGAGGAUGGUAUGUGGAUAUAGGACCAGUUGUAGGAACAUCGGAUAAAAUAUGGACUAUUUCCUUAAAUGAAGAAUCAUCAAAAACACCACUUGUCUUGUUACAUGGUUUAGGGGCAGGUGUAGCAUUAUGGUGUUUAAAUCUUGAUGCAUUAGCUUCUCAGAGGCCAGUGUACGCUAUUGAUAUACUAGGUUUUGGUAGAAGUAGUCGUCCUAUUUUUAGUAACGAAGCACAAGAAGCAGAAAGUCAACUAGUUCGUUCUAUUGAAGAAUGGAGAAGAGAAAUGCAGUUAGAAAAAUUUGUUUUGUUAGGUCAUUCAAUGGGUGGCUUUCUUGCAGCAUCAUAUAGCAUGAAAUAUCCUGAAAGAAUUAAACAUCUAAUUCUUGCUGAUCCUUGGGGUUUCUCUGAAGGACCUGUAGAACGAACUCCAUGGGGUCCUACGUGGGUAAAAGUCAUAUCAUAUAUGGUGGAACCAUUAAAUCCAUUAUGGCCAGUCAGAGCAGCUGGUCCAUUUGGGCGGUGGUUAAUUGAAAAAGCAAGGCCAGAUAUAGUAAAAAAAUUUGCACCUGUAUUAAAAGAUGAUACUGUUGUAAUUUCACAAUACUUACAUCAGUGUAAUGCUCAAACACCAUCUGGGGAAAGUGCAUUCCAUGCAAUGAUGCAACAUUUUGGUUGGGCAAAAAAUCCUAUUGUUAGAAGAAUGGAUAAACUAAACCCAGAAAUUCCAAUAACUCUCUUGUAUGGUAGUCGAUCUUGGAUUGACAAUUCAUCUUGGGAAACAAUUAAACACACCAGGAUAUCAUCAUAUAUUAAUGUUCAGGCCAUAAAUGGAGCAGGGCAUCAUGUUUAUGCUGAUAAAAGUGAAAUUUUCAAUAAAUAUGUAUUAGAAGCAUGUAAUCUAAGUGAUUCGAUACCCCAUUUAACAGUGUCAGAUAUUCGUUCAAACAUUAAGUCCGUAAACGAGCAACAAAUAUCACUUCUUUUAGGAAAUAAGGACGUUGAUAUUAAAACAAUGCCAGAAAAGGAACCAAAUACUCCACAAACACAAUCUAGUUGAAAUUUAGUGCAAAAUUUUAUUGUUAAAUCGUAUUCUUUUGACCUUAUGUGCAGUUGAAUGAACUGCAUGAUUUGUAUGAUUUAGAUUAGGUAUACAUGU